CAUAAUUUAAACAUGGAGAAUCAAACCAUUGUGUCUUAUUUUCUGCUUAUCGAAUUCUCAAAAAACCGUGAUCUGCAACUCCUACAUUUCUUCUUAUUCUUCAUAUUAUACCUGGCAACGGCAAUAGCUAAUUUUGUCAUCAUCACUGCGGUAGCUUUCGACCAUCGCCUGCACAGCCCCAUGUACUUCUUUCUAAUGAACUUGGCUAUACAGGACUUGGGUAUUGUUUCAGUCAUUGUCCCCAAAUCCAUGAUAAAUUCUCUCAUGGACACCAGACAAAUUUCUUACUUUGGUUGUGUUGCUCAAAUCUUUUUCUUUUUCUCCUUUGAAGCUUUUGAUUUCUCCCUCCUGACAGUCAUGGCAUAUGAUCGUUAUGUUGCUAUUUGUCAUCCCCUGCACUAUGAGAUGGUAAUGAAUUGGAAAGUCUGCACCAAAAUAAUUAUUCUGGUUGGGGUUACAGGUCUUCUCUAUGGAAUAUUGCACACCACUGGAACUUUUUCCACCCCUUUCUGUUCUAAUGUUAUCAACCAGUUUUUCGGUGAACUUCCAUACUUGUUAAAGUUAUCCUGCUUUGAUUUCAAUCUAGUUGAAUUUGGAUUCUUGAUUAUUAGUAUCAUUGCAGAAUUUGGUUGCUCCAUUUUUAUUAUUGUCUCCUAUAUCAUGAUCUUCAAAGCAGUGUUCAGAAUCCCUUCUGUGAAAGGAAGGCAGAAGGCCUUUUCAACUUGUCUUCCCCAUCUUAUAAUUGUUUGUAUCUUUUGGGUAACUUCAUGCUUGGCCUACCUGAGAUCGCCUUCUAACAUCCCAAGUUACUUAGAUUUAACAUUCACCAUCCCAUAUUCCUUACUUCCACCCCUGUUCAAUCCAAUCAUCUAUAGCAUGAGAAAUGAGAAAAUCAAAUCUGUCCUGUCUAAACUGUGGAAAGUCUGA